CGAAAUUACGACCGCGAGCAAGUGACCUCCCUUUGCUCAUCAGCUGAGCAACCUCAGCGCUCUCACGCAGUCCGCCUAUACAAACCCUCGCCUUCGUCAUCUCACGGUCAACCUAACCCCCCUGUCUGCGUCGUCACCCACUGAACUACCCACCUCCACCCUCUCUAACAUCUUUGAACGUUGAACCAUGUCUCUCAUCCAAGCUCAUCGCGCUGUGUUGCGCCAGAACAUCGCCCGGACUCGUGUGGCGGCGCCUGCUCGUGGUGCCCACGGUGAAUACAGGCAUAUGCCGUUCAAGCACCCCGCGACCGAUGCGACGUCGAAGGGCUCAAUGGCAGUCAAGACGGGUGUCUUUCUUACCGUUGGGAUGUCCAUCCCCGUGGGCAUGUCCUUCUACCAGCUGAGGAAGCAAGGCGGCGCCGCAUAAGCGCAGAGACUCCUGUCAGGAAUGGAAGUAAGAGGCACCAGCUCGAAGACAGCUAGGGAGUAGCCGACGACAUGAAGCGUGUAGGGUAUAUAGCGAGUCGCGCAUUCGCCCCCUUUAGCGAGGACGCUGAAUUAUAUUAUCGCUCUGGGGAGGCAUUGUAAGGAGAGGGAAAGCACGUGCUAUACAAUUUGCAAUUGACACUACUGAUGUGGGCGCCAAUGGGUGCUGUGGCGUUUGUCUCGACG